AUGGGUGCUCAGCUCCGGAGAGUGCCAGGCCCAGACCACCGGCAAUGGACCAUGCCAAUCAGCCGCUCAGCUCGCGCUGCUCCCGUCGUGCCUUUCGCCCAGGGCCGUGCCCGGCCAAGAUGGCGCUGGCCAGGGCUGGCUGUGGGGGGCGGUUCUGGCGCCUCGGCCUCGGGCCUGGCCUCGCCGCCGGCCUCAGCCCUGCCCGGGGGAUACCGAGGUGAGGGCACCGCCACCCAUGCCCCGCUAUCAGCCAUCGCUCCCGGCGCCCACCGUGACGCCCCUCCAUCCCACCUCUCCGUCCCGCCCUACCUAGCGGCCCCUGCUCGGCUCACGGCCUGCCCAGCGGCACCUCCUGGGACCUCCCGCCAGCCCCCUGCAACCCUCUCCCAGGGCACCUCGGGGACCCACUCGACCCUCACCGGGGAUCCUCAGAUCUCUGGCACUUCCUAUGGUCUGGGGCCCUCCGGGACCCGCGAUGACACCACCAGGAUCCGCUGGGGCCCCCAACAUCCCCUGACCCCUCCCGAGGGAGCGUUUCCUGGCUGCUGUCUCUCCACCAAAACUGGCUCCAGGUCCCUGCUGGCUGCUGUGGCCUCAAAAGUGAAGCGACUGAACGGGAGGUAUGAGAGGUUCCUGGAGAGGACCUUCCCCAGGUUCUACCUGCUCUAUGCCACCUUCACCAAAGGAGUCCAGGCUCUCUUCCUGGAAACCAUGGAGGUCAGAAGGAUCAAAUCCAGGAUGUCCCAGCAGCAGCUCAGCACCAAGCAGCUGCCCUACCGCGAGCAGGAGCGGCUGCGGCAGUUCCGGAGGGACGUGCUGAAGGCCACGCCCGCCGCGCUCAUCGCCAUCCCUCCCUUCGCCAACUUCCUGCUGCUGCUGCUGAUGUAUCUCUUCCCCAGGCAGCUCCUGACCAGACACUUCUGGACCCCUGCCCAGCAGCUGCAGUUCCUGGAUGCCAACGAUGCCAGCCGCAGGCGCAGCUACCCCCUGGUGGUGUCCAGCCUGGCACUGGCUGCCAGCUCCCUGCCUGAGCCACAGCUCCAGGGCCGCCUGCAGCAGCUCUGUGCUCAGGUGCAGGAAGGCUGCCAGCCAUGUGUGGCAGAGCUGUAUGCCCUCAGGGCUCUGUUCUCAGGAUCUCCACUGGGUCUGAACCAGCUGCAGGUGUCCCAUGUGAGAGCCCUGAGCCAGGUCCUGUUCCUCACCCCCCUCCUGCCUGGGGUCCUGCUGCGGCGGCGCCUGCGGAGCCACGUCCUGGAGAUCCAGCAGCUGGACAGAGCUCUGCUGCAGCUGGGGCUGGCACAGCUCUCUGAGCAGGAGCUGAGAGGGGCUUGCUACCUCCGUGGCCUGAACUCGACUCACCUGGGCAUGGCAGAGUGCAGGGCAUGGCUGGAGCAGUGGCUGAGGCUCUCCUGCAAGCUGGAAGCCUCGGAAGCCUCCCUGCUGGCCAACAGCAUGGUGCUGCUGUCCCUCAACUAUGGCCAGGCCAAGGACUGAGCCCAGCCAGCAGCAUGGCAAUUGCCAGCCUGGUGCCACAGGAACCACCCCUGGUGAUGUGAAACCACAGCCCUGGGCCGGCCAGAGGGGCCCCAAUGCUGCUGGGCCCAGUGCCAGGGCCAGUGCCAGCUCUU